AUGAUUAAAAUACGUCCUCCAUCACAACCUUCUUUCCUAACAUCAACUGGUAAACAACAUUUAAAUGUUUCACAUUCAUCAUCAUCAUCUUCAUCCUCACAAUUAAUUUCUUCUUAUCCAAAAUCAUCUAUUUCAAAUAAAAUUAAUCAUCCAUUAUUAUCAUCACAAUCAAAAUCUUCAGUAAAAUAUGUUCCACAAUAUCGACAAAGACGUAUCACAACACGAACAGUUUCAACCAAUCCAACUGACAAUGCCACUAUAUCCCGACCAAAACAAUUUCUUGGCUAUUUUCGUUGCUGCUGUUAUCGAUGGUGUUCAUGUAUUUGCGAAUGUUCAAUACCACCUAAUACAAUUCAAAAUCAAUUUACUAAAUAUAAUCAAAAUAGUAGCCGUUCUAGUCUUAGUUCUAGUAAAAAAUCCGUUUCAUCAUCUUUAUCACUAUCGAGAAGAUCAUUUUAUUUUAAUAUCCUCUAUCCAUUAAUUCCAAUUUAUCAAUUGUUUGUCUUAACAAAGACAGCAUUAGCUAAUACUAGUUAUUUUUUAACAAAUCAUACUGUUUUAUCAUUUACUAGUGAUAAUUUUACCCUAUUGAAUAAUAAUUAUUAUCAACAUCAUUUGUGGCACGCUGGCUGUUGUAUAAGAAGAAAAGCUGAAUAUCUCUAUCCAAUGUGUGAUAAUAUAUUUUUCUAUAAUUAUCAAAACGAAACGAGUACGUUUCUAUUUGAUGGUAUAACAGCAUUACCAUCAAAUUUUCGAACUUUUCAUAGUUCAUCAUUGUCAAAUAAUAUGGACAUGAGAAAAACAUUUCUUUAUAAUCAAACAUUAUUUUGUGAACGAUAUGAUAUGUUUCGACAUUUAUUAUUGACACAAUUAGGUAUAUUUACCUAUGUGGUAGUUAUCGUUGGUAUUAUUCUAAAUAUAUGUGUACUGUUUGUUCUGAUAUGUGGAUCAUUAAGACGUUCAACAUCUUUUACACUAUUUGUAGCCCUAACAUGUUUUGAUUUAUUAAGUUUGGCAUCAGUAUUAUUUGGACAUUUAUUUCGCAGUAUAAUGACAUAUUUAAAAACAUCAGCACCAUUUUGUAAAAUGUUCGGUAUAUUUUUCCUUUAUUUUCGUCAAUGUUCAUCAACAACAUUGCUCCUUAUAGCUAUUGAACGUUGUCUCGUAAUUAAACAUCCUCUUUGUCGUCAUACAUUCGAUAAAUUUCGAGUACCGUUUCUAUUGUCCAUUAUGAUUAUGUAUAUUAUACCUGUGCCAUUUGAUUUUCUAUUUUUUACAAGUGGUAAUUUACAUUGUGAAGCAUUUGAUAGUCGAAAUGCAGAUCGUUAUCAAUUAUUCCGUGGAUUUUUUACUGUACUUUCUUAUGCUAUCGUACCAUUUGUCGGAAUAUCAAUUAGUAAUCUAUUAAUUAUUAUUGAAUUAAAAAAAUCUAAAGAACGUUUUACAAAGAAGAAUGACAAUGGAACAAUGAGACGUUUUUCAUCACAUGUAAUGGAUACACGUGGCACCACCGUUAUGCUUCUCGUUGCUUCAUUAGCAUUUUUAUUACUAUUGGGUCCAUUUUACAUUCAUUGGGUUAUUACCUAUUUGUUUCAUUAUUAUCAUCAAUGUCAAUUUACUCGUAAUAUUUACGAAAACGUUCAAGUAUGUAUGGGUGUACUUAAUCCAUAUUUAACUGUUAUUGAAAAAGGUAUGCGUGAAUCAAAUCAUGCUGUUAAUUUUCUACUCUAUUGGGCAACAAGUUCUCGUUUUCGUCUCGAUUUUAAACGUCUUAUUAAACGUCUUAUGUACCGUUAUUUUGGUUCAUGUCUACUAUUUUUUGGUAAAAAAGUUUGUUGUUACUGUGUAUCACCAUCGUGUAGAUUAACAUUAGAACGACAUUUGUCAGAUAUUCAAGAUGAUUCAUCAUACGAUUCAAAUCGAAAAAAUCAAGCAGCUUAUAAAACAAGUCAUUAUCAUACAAAUUUCGAACGACGACGACAACAUCAAUUGUUAACAUCAACACUACUUAAUAACAAUAGUGUUAGUACACCGACAAGUACAAAACAUCUAGCAAAUCUCGAGUCAAAAAGUGUUCGUAUUCUCCAAUUUAAUCCAUGGAAUGAAAAAUUUGAAUUAGAUACACCGAGAGUAUCCGAUUGUGGCACAAUCUCGAAUAUCAGUUAA